AUGUCGUCCUCCCCCGAACAACCACAACACCCGACGCUCCCCUCCUCACCAUACCCCUACGCUUCCGCCCCCGACAUCAUCCGCGCCCACCAGAAAGACGCCUACUACAAAGGCCACCUCUCCAACACCCUCACCUCCCUCCACCGCCUGCUCCUCGGCGCCCGCUCCGCCCACUCCGCAACCUCCCUCCACCGCCUCCUCGCCGACACCCUCUACCUCGCCCUCACCACCCUGCCCGGCAACCGCACCCUCGGCGAGGAGUACUGCGACCUCGUCCAGCUCCACGUGCCCCCCAGCAACCCCUCCGCCGCCGAGCUGCCCGCCCUCCCCCGCCGCGCCUCCUACAUCGCCACGUCCGUCCUCCUCCCCUACGCCCUCGGCCGCCUCCUCCCCUCCGUGCGCGCCCGCAUCCGCGCCGCGUUACAGUCCUCCCUCCCGAAGGGCCAGCAGCCACCAGGCACGACCCGCCAAAAGCUCGCCGCCUACAUCCUCGCCAACCUCCCCAGCCUCACCUCCGCGGCGCCCCUCCACGCCGCCACCCUCGCCGUCUUCUACUUCACCGGCACCUACUACGAGCUCGCCAAGCGCCUCCUCGGCUUCCGCUACGUCUUCACCCGCAAGGUGCCCGACUCCCCCGACCGCGCCGGCUACGAGGUCCUCGGCGUGCUGCUCGUCGCCCAGCUCGCCGUCCAGUCCUACCUGCACAUCCGCGCCACGAUCUCCGACUUCUCCACCUCCCGCGCCGCCCGCGAGCGUGCCCUGGCCGCAGGGCAUGUGGAUGUGUCGCUCGACGCGAACGCCUACGCGGCUAACACGGCCGUGCUGCUCUCCGAGACGGGCACGCCCGGCGGGAACGGGGCCGGCGGGGCGAAGGUUGAUAUUGCCGCGGUCACGCACACGCCUGUGGUGGCAGCGGAAGAGGCGAGGUAUGAUCUGAGCGACGAGAAGGUGAUGGGGUACAUUGCGGGCGCGGCGCAGCGGAAGUGCACGCUGUGUCUGGAGGAGCUGAAGGACCCGUCUGCGACGCAGUGCGGGCAUGUGUUUUGCUGGACGUGUAUUGGGGACUGGGUGCGGGAGAAGCCUGAGUGUCCCCUCUGUAGGCGGGAGGCGAUGGUGCAGCAUAUCCUGCCCCUGAGGCUUGCGUGA